UAUAAUAAUGCUUAAGUAUUUUGUUGCAGGGUGAUUUACACGCGCUUCCCUCCUUCAUCGGGUUAUAGAAGAGGAUUUCGCGGGUUUCAGGGUAUAAGAAAAUCUCGCGGGUAUUUCUCUCCUCACUUAAGGAUAGCGAUCAUCGACUACUUAAUCGCCGUCGGAUGAGCGAUCCUCGAUCGGGCAAACGCUGGUGAUGGCUUCGGAAGAUGAAAACCUACGAAAGGCCAUCCAUAAAACGCCGUCAUCUCUGUCGGAUGAGCGAUCCUCGAUCGGCAGACGACUGGUGACGACUUCGGAAGAUGAAAACCUACGCUGUUAGUCCGACACUUGGUGCGCUAGGGUUUUGGGUUGUAGCUGUUAGUCGCUUGGUGGGUUAGUGUUUUUAUCAUCUCUCAUUCAGAAAUGGAGUCCUUUUCACCUGGUAUUGGAAGCAAAUCGAAGCCAUGCACACAUUUUUUCAGGAAUGGAAUAACUGAACACCUUUAUGGUUAUUCUGCAACUGAAGCUCUAGGUGAAAAGUCUAUUGAGCUCCUAAUCGAUGACCUAGAUCUUGUUGUAGCCAACAAUAUCGUGCAACACGUGAUGACGGGUGAGAACUGGACUGCCAAUUUCCUGUUAAGCACAAAAACAGAGAUAUUCAUAGUUGUCGCAACCAACACACCUUUCUAUGAUGACGCCCACUCUUUAAUAGGUAUUAUAUGUGCAUUGAAUGAUUCAUGGCCAUAUCAAGAAACGAGGCCUUCAUUCCGAUGUACUGAGAAUUUAGACACAAGCACAGAGCUUUAGCUGUCCCUGGCUCCCUCAGCAGCCACUCCAAGUUUGAUUUGGUUAGUGCCUACAACUGCAAUCUGUCUUCAUUUGAUUUGUAUUGAAUGUAGUUUAUAGUGAUGAUGGAUUGUAUAUAUAUUAACAUAGUCAGGCAUCAAAGGUAAACAACAAGGUGAAGUAAAAAAAUAAAGUUAGGAGAUGGCAUCAUGGUUCAUGAAGGAGGGAGUGGAAAUAUAUAAUCAUCAUUCUGAUCAUGGUUUCUCAGAUCUAGCUUUUUCUGAGCAUAGAGAAGAUGCAAGUUCCAGUGGAGCAAGUACUCCAAGAGGGGAUCCAAUAGCAUCUUCUACAUUUAACUUGAUUUCUGAAGAACAUUUUGGUGAGGAAACUGUAGGGGAAAUAUGGGAUUCAAAAAAUCAUUACAUCAAGAGCCGAAGCUUGGAUAGGUAAGAAAAGACUAUCUUGACCGUGUAAAGGGAAUGAUCAGCAGAAAGGUUCAUUAGAGAAUAAAACCGCACAUUUUAUAUGGCCAUGGUUAAAUAAGGACCAAGAGAACGACCAAACAACAUGUCAUUAUCUUCAUAGUUCUUUUUCUAAAGGAAAACAAGAAAAAUUGAUCAGGGUAAUUGACCUACUAACAAUGAUGGGUCAGGGUCUUGGUUCUCAUCCUUUAAUGUUAACAGCAAUGUAGUGCAAGUGGUUGUAGUUG